AUGGCAAAAAAAACGACUAGACUUUAUCUUAUCUGUGUUAUUUGCUUUGUGGAGUACUUGUUAAUUCGUCAAGCAGUAUUUCCUAAGCAGUGUAAGACAGCUCUUUACAGCCGUAUGAAUAAGUUGUUUCGAAAGUAUAAACUGUAUAUUUCUUUAUGCGAAAGGUUGUCGGUAACCGACGAACAGCUUCCACUUUUGGCUCUGAAGAACGAUGUUGAACAUAAACAUGUCAGGCUACCUGUGCGACACUUGGAUGUACAUAAGCUAACAGCUUUUACAGUGCUUACACAUUUCGCAGUAAAAUUUCAAGCGGAGAACACUGAAAAAUGCGUAUUUAUUGCUCUGGGAAUCGGAAAACGAGUUGAAUCUGAAGAAAUUUUGAAAAAAGCUUUCCCUGAAAAAUGUAAAAUUUAUGGUGCAGAUCCUUCUGCAGUUCCCAAUAAAGCUCUUAUUGAGAGCAUAAAUGGUACGUUCUUUGAGGCAGCAAUUGGGUCUAAGACUGAAAUAAAAAAAGCAGUUCUUCUUACAGACGAAGGAUAUAAACCUCGUAAUAUACCACAUGUAGCUCUAGAAGAAUUUUUAACUAAAAUAGUCGGUAAAAGUGAUGUUGUUGAUUGGAUGUCUAUUGACAUUGAAGGCGGAGAGAUUCAACUGUUUCCAUCUCUAUUAAAUAAUGGACUUUUUGACAAACUUGGUAUGGACGUCUGUCAGUUCAACAUAGAACUUCAUUUGGAAUCAAGACUAUUCGGUCUACCGUCUACGACAGACGCUCUCAUCUUCAAAUUUCUUAUAGACGCCCUAAUGAGUGGAAGGUAG